AUGUCGCAACGACAACUUACGUUUAUUUUGUGUGCUUGUGUAAACUUCAUCACUUUACUUUGUGUCUCCGCACAAAUUCAUAAAUCGAACAAUGACAAGAGCAACUACAAUUACUAUAUGCCAGCUUAUGCUAUUGCUUCAACAGCUUCGGGCCUCCUAAAUUUGACAUUAUGUGAAAAGGAAUUACUAAAUUUCCGAGACGCUGUCGAUCAACGAAUACUCUGGGGUUUAAAAGUGUUGGAUUCUAGCGGUGAAUUUCGACCAGGUUUUCUUUAUGGAAAUAAUUAUUGGCUGGGCAGUCGUAAUCAGUGCUUCGAUACGAUGAAUACUGUUCCUCUACAGAUUUCAGAGCGACAUUUAUUAAAUAACACGCUGUAUCGUGAUCCACAAAAGGAGAUUCCACCUUUUAAAGUGAAUUACUUUGCUGCCCAUUUUAAACAUAAUAGUACUGUUCAGUAUCAUAUUAAUAUACUUACCGAAGAUCUGAUUAUACUUGGCCUCUGUUUACCAGCAUCAUGCUCUGCAAAUGACAUAAGUUUUAUUCUGGAAAGAAUAUUCCGUGACAGAAUUCUUCUAAUAAGUGACCUUUAUUCUGCGGACUUUAAACUGAUUCACGUCAAAAAUCUACAGGAUAGUUAUGACUGGCUCACUAGUGGUGUUGUACCUUUCAUUUGUGUUAUUUUACUGCUUUCUAUUUUUAUGGUAAUAUUUGGAACAGUAUAUGAUAUAUUUGUGAAUCAAAAAUGUUCAAAUGAGAAGAAUAAGUUUAACAAUAAUGAAAAAACUAUAAUUGAGGAAAUGGAAAUUGAAAGAGCGUCACAGGAAAGUAGAAUUGGACAAAUAUUAAUAUGCUUUUCUAUUUACACAAAUACAAAAAUAAUAUUUAACACGAAAUUGCAUGCCGAUGCGCUGCCUGUUAUUCAUGGCUUAAAAUUUCUAAGUAUGUUUUGGAUAAUAAUGGGCCAUGUAAUAGUUUUUCUGGCAGACUAUUUAGAUAAUAAAGUGUGGUGUUGGAAAUACGUGUCUAAUAUAAUUAUAAUCAAUAUACCCAUGGCAGUCGACACUUUCUUUUGUAUAAGCGGACUUUUGUUGGUCUAUUUUUAUCUAAAAAAUAAAAUGGAAAAAGAUCGAAUACAACUACUUACUUACAGAGCAAAGAUAAAUGAAUUCUUUGUCCUUGUAAUAAAAAGAUUUAUCCGACUGACUCCGAGUUACAUGAUGGUAUUAGCAAUAUGGCUAUUAUUCUCGAUUUGGUUUGACAAGACCUCACAAUUUUUCAUAACCGAAAUGCCGCACGAAAAUUGUUCAAAGUACUGGUGGAGAAAUCUUCUCUACAUAAAUAAUUUAUUUGGUUUUAAAACAAUGUGUAUGAGUUGGUCUUGGUUUAUAUCAAAUGAUAUGCAAUUCUUCGUGAUCGGAGUAGCACUGUUAAUUUUGUCGAUAACAUACUUUUAUAUGGCUGCCUUUAUACUGGGUGCACUUUUAAUAGGUUCGAUAGUUCUCGCUGGUUAUUUUUCGUACCUUUAUGAAUAUGUUCCGACAUUGGAUGAACAAUAUAGGCUUAUAGAUGAAUUAUAUUUUCCAUCAUGGAUUAGAAUAAGUCCAUAUAUUGUUGGAAUGAUUACAGGCUAUAUUUUAACACAAUUAAACGGAAAAUUAAUUUUGAAAAAGAGAACUGUAAUUUUAUGUUGGUGUCUUGGUAUUGCUUGCCACAUUAUCACGAUGGUUAGUGUUUAUGACCGACACAUAUCCAUUCUAGCGGCCUCUAUUUACGUCGCGGUGUACAGAGUCCUUUGGGCUGUAGGUAUAGCGUGGAUCAUAGUAGCGUGCCUUACUCAGAAUGGUGGCAUCAUUUGUCGAAUUUUAUCAUUCAAAGGUUGGGUUCCUCUUAGCAGACUGUCAUAUUGCGCUUAUCUUUUAAACCCAAUUAUUAUACACUCAUUUCGUUUGCAAAGUGAAAUAUCUUUUCACUUUGAACUUCUAUCCUUGAUACUUUUGGUUGUAGGCUAUAUUAUAUUUAUUUAUAUCUGUUCUUAUUUAUUAUCCUUAAUAGUUGAAACACCGUAUAACUUGUUAAUGCGGAAAACCAUGCAAACUCGGAGUAGAAGAAAACAUAAAUGAUAUAACAGUGAGAAAUUAUAAUUUAGCAUACAAAAUUGUAAUGGAUCUAUUUGUAACACAAUGAACGCGUUCAGCGGACUCAACAGUUGAAUGAGCGCUCGCUGUUAUUGUUGUAUUCUUCUAGAUCUAAAAUUCUGAUUGGACAAUACGCGCUCACUCAACUUUUCAGUCCGCUGAAUACGCCCAUUGAUAAUAAAUGCAUAUAGAUAUGUAUAUAGUAAUUAUAAUCGCUCGUUCAGAGAUUUUGUGCGCCCUAUAUUAAAUAAAAUUUAUUUUAA